GUGUGGGGCAGAGCCAUGGCGGGACAGCGGCAGUCCGCGGCCUGCCCCGGGCGCCUCGCUAGGGGCAGGCGGGACGCGGUGGGCUCCGACGGGGACAGGGCCGAGCCCCGAGGGAGUGCCCGGGCCCAGGAGCACCGGGGCCGACGCUCUGGGAGGAACCCCUCACGGGGCCGGGCGAGGCUGCCAGGCACGGGGCUGCGAGGCCCUCCGCGACGGGGCCGGGGCCGGGACCGGGACCUCCCGCAGACCGGCACCCCCUCAGGGCGGGACCGCCCUCAGCCCGGGAUCGGGACCGGCGACGACACCCUGACACAUCGCGGCUCCGCUCGGACCGGGCCCCCUCAGCCCGGGGACAGGACGAGGACCACGGGGACCACCGGGACACCCUCCCCCCCCGCCGCCGCCGCCGCCCCGCGCCCACCUGCCUCCCGCGGGGAGCGGCGCAUGUGGAGCGCACCACCGCGCCUCUGGGCGGGGGGGGGGCCGGCGGCCGGAGCGGGCAUGUUUACACGGGGGCCGAGGGGGGCGGCAUCGGCGCGGCCCCCCCGACCCCCCCGCUGCCGCUGCACAAAUGGUCUCUUCCUCGCGCUCUAUUUAAUCCCCGCCGCUGCCGCACCGCCGGCUCCAGUCCGAAGAGCAGCGCCGCGCCCGGUGCCGCCGCCGCCUCCGCGCCGCGGCUCGGCUCGGCUCGCCCCGGCCCCGCGGGCACCCGCUGCCACCAUGCUGCCCCCCGCCCUUGGCCUCCUACUGCUCCUCGCCUGCUUCGGUACCGCCCGGGGAAACCUCUCCCGCGACGAGAGCCAGCCCACGACGUCAGAUGAGACUGUGGUGGCCGGUGGUACAGUGGUGCUCAAGUGCCAGGUGGAGGAUCCUGAUGACUCCUCGCUGCAGUGGUCCAAUCCUGCCCAGCAGACCCUCUACUUUGGGGAGAAACGAGCCCUGCGAGAUAACAGGAUCCAGCUGGAGAGGUCCACACCUAACGAGCUGACCAUCAGCAUCAGUGAUGUGGUGCUGUCGGAUGAGGGGGAAUACACCUGCUCCAUCUUCACCAUGCCUGUGCGGACUGCGAAGGCCCUGGUCACUGUGCUGGGAAUCCCCCAGAAACCCCAAAUCUUUGGCCAUGAGCAGCCCAUUGAUGAGGAGAAGAUAGCCCGGCUGACCUGCCGGUCCUCUGGCAGCAAGCCCGCAGCCCAGCUCCGGUGGAAGAAGGGCAACAAGGAGCUGACGGACGAGGGCACCGAGGUGGUGGAGGACCCCAAUGGAAAGACCUUCACCGUGAGCAGUCGGGUGGAGUUCCGCGUCACCAAGGAGGACAACGAAGCUGAGGUGACCUGCACCGUGGACCAUGAGUCCCUGCAGAACUCCGAGAGGUCAACCACACAGAAGCUGCAGGUCCACUACAAGCCGACAGCAAAGAUCGAGCCGCAUCCCCAGUACCCGCGGGAAGGCGAGAAGCUCCAGCUGCAGUGCGACGGGCAGGGCAACCCCAUCCCCCAGGAGUUCCUGUGGGAGAAGGAGGGCAGCGAUGCACCCCUGCAGCUGAGCUCUGACAGCGUCCUCAUCUUCCCCUUCCUCAACAAGAGCGACAGCGGCACCUACGUCUGCACGGCCACCAGCUCCAUGGGCAGUGUUGUGGCCAAGUACAACCUCGACGUCAGUGAUCUUUCCCAGCUCCCCACCCCACACGUUCACUCCACUCCAGCCCCUCCGCCAGGCCCUUCCCAGCCCAUCUUUCAUGCUUCCAUGGCCACCGCUUCAUCCUUCACUCCAGCUCCCAUCCAAGAUGCCAGCCCGGUGCCCUCGACCUCCAGCACAUACCAUGCAGUGAUCGGCGGGGUGGUUGCCGUCAUUGUCUUCCUCCUGCUGAGUCUUCUCAUCGUGUUGGGACACUACCUGAUCAGACACAAAGGUAUGUGCAUAAGACACGGGGAGACGGUCACAUCCAGACAUCAGCAAAACCCAGCAGAGGUGAUGUGUACCUACCUGACCCAUGAGGCCAAGGGGUCGGAUGAUGCCCCAGACGCCGACACGGCCAUCAUCAAUGCAGAGGGCGGCCAAGCCGGCGGCGACGACAAGAAGGAGUAUUUUAUCUAGAGGCGUCGGAGGGAGCGAGAAAUGGAGCCAACAGACCCCGAUGGAAAUGGAAACCAGACCACAAACCCCACUCAACCCAACUGAUUUUCUCUCGCGCCCGGCACGGGCAGACGGAUGGACAGAGGGAUGGCGGGACAGAGAACAGAGAGCGACCAGCCUGAGACAUGAUGCUUCUUCUUGAACUUGUACAAAACGUUAUUACUACGAACAGCGAGAGCCCCGGCCCUGUUUGCUUGCUUGCACCUCCAUCCCUGCGACCGGCGCUCGCGCAAAACACAGACCAACCAGUGAGUGAGCGACUUUCCUUCUUCCUUUGGACCUUUGCUUUGGUUUCGUGGCUGCUCUUUGCUUUGGGCCCUUGGUUGGGAUGUUGGGCUGGGGUUGAUGUAGCUCUUCCCUUUGUUUCUCUCCAUUUUGGUUUCUUUGACAUCCAAGGAUAAAAUCAGCUCCAGGCUCUGGUGCAAGCUCAGGGCAGCUGGGUGGCCACUCUGUCAUGAACGCUCGCCCCAUGCCUCCCACUGAGAGCCGGGACCCACGUUCCCACGGCUCCCCCCAGCCUUGGCUGCUGUGUGAUGGCCCCAGCCCCAGCUGGGACGGGGAGCGUGGCCGGUGGGACAGGAGCGGGAUGCCAACAGGCAGUGUCUCUGCCUCUGAGGUCUUGGCUCAUGGCUGGGGUCAAGCGGGGAGGGACCCCAGGCCCCUGCCCUGAUUUUAUCCUUGGUGGUUCUUGUCGAACAGUGUCCAUUUGGGGCGAGAGCUGUCCUCGUGCGCUAGAUGUGUGAAGGGGGGGUGAGCUUCCAGGGUGGGAACCGCUGAGGCCCCCAGAGAGACUGGGAGCUGCCAAGCAUUGCAGCUCCCUGGUCCCACCCCAGCGGGAGGGGGGAGGGCAGAGGUUUGGGGGCGAAUCCAGAGAAAAAGCCCCAACUUUACAAAUUCUCAGAUUGGAAACAUCAAUUCAAACCAUCUAUUGAGAUGUUCAGUGCAGGAGGCCACCUGCGCUGGGAGCACCAGGCAGAGCCGGGAGAGCCGGUGGGCCUGCGACCAUUGCCGCUUCCCUCUUCGCUGGGCUGGCUCUGGGGCCCCCAGAGCCUCUGGAAUGGUAGUUUAGACCCUGAGAGUGGCUUCAACUAGAGCUGACACAGCUGAUGGCACCACGGGAGCUGAGCUGAGCUGAGCUGGAGACAACCUGCUCCCCAGCGCUAGCAGCCCAGAGUGGCACGAGGCCUGGGGUUCCUCUGGCCGAGGAGAUGUGCAGAGAGGGGCUCCACCGGGGUCUGCUUCUUGGAGCUGUCUGUCCCCCAUCCCUCCCCAGCCUCUUCCCAGAGCAGGUGUGAGCUUAGAAAAGGCUGCUUCCCGCUCAGCUCCAAGGGCUGCAGCCAACAGCGGCCGAAAUGCCCGGGUUUAGUGUCUCGGUAUUUCGGGGGUCUCCAAGGAAGCUUGGGGCGGGGCUUGCCCUAGCUCCUACCUGUUUCACUGUCUCUUCCAAGACAAAAACAAGAAGCUUUCCCAACCUCUCCAGCAUGUCCCCAGGGCCCGCUUGGCCCACCCCAAGCACAGACCCACAGGGUGGGGCUGCAGGGGGCUAUGCACUCCAGCAUCUGCAGGACACCCCAUAUCCCCUGGGGAGCCAGGCCCCAUCCCUCACCCUUGGGAUGAGGUUUUCCAGCUUCCCAGGACCUCUUGGUCUGGACACAAGGGGUUUGCAGGAGCUGCCCUUUGGCUGGGCACCCCUUCGAUUUUGGGUUGUCUGGAGGAGGAGAGCCCUUCGGGAAGGAGCAAAAGCCCUCAGUGGUGUGGGUAACCUCACCUUGGAGGUAGAGGAAGAGCUUGUGUCCUCCGCCGUGGGGUACCAGGGGCCUGUGGGGCAGGUAGUGUCGCUGACAUCUAGACCCUGCGAGCAUGUGGCACGAGGACACUGGCAGGGAAGCCAUUGCAGAGCAAGCGGGGCUGGAAGGGGGCUGGGGCCAAGCAGAUGAGGAAGAAGAGGCAUGGCUCAGUGGCAGGCACAGGGUGUGAAUGAGCGAUGCAUUUGUGGCACAUGCACAGAUGUGACUAGGUUCACCGUGGCUAAAUCAUGUGUCAGGAGCACGCAGGCAGCAUUGUGUUAGCAUCUCAAGAGAGAAGUGCACAAAGCCUUCGUCAUACAUGGUGAAGAAAACCUGCAGUUUUCUCAAUGUUGUUCCUCCCUUCCCAUCUUUUUGGAGAAGGAUGUUGGCCUGGAGUCCCAACGGUAGCUCCGCGCUCAUUUCGAGGGAUGCAGCCGUUGCUGCCGGAGAUAACACUGCAGAUGUCGAUGCUGUUAACUACUCCACUGCACACUGAGCAUGUAUGAAUGUGCGACCUGACACUUUGCUGAAGAUCUUUAACGUCCACUGUUGAAUAGACGUAAUUCCUUCAAAUAAAAAUGCAAGGAUGUGUUUUCAAGUAUAAUUUAAUCUCAUUGUAAGUCUACGUGUGCUGUAGAUGGUUACAAAGAAAGCCCCAGCCUGGGGGUCUGGGAGGGAAGGGGGUUAACUGGUCCCUAGGGAAAGGGAUGUGGAAUCUGAAGUCGGAACAGGGAGGUUUGUGCCCCUUCGAGGCAGCACAUGCAUGGCCGUGGCCAGUUUCUCCCCAGCACUGCUGCUCCAGAGCUGCUUCAAGGGCUGGCACAGGUGGUUGCCACUUUGCCCUGGUCAGAGAAGUCAGGAUUUGGCCUUUUUGAGAUGCUGCAUGGUAUGGGACGUGGCAGGAUGCAGCAGGGGGAGACCUGGGCACAGGCAGGGCAUCAGGGGGGGAACCUGCUGCCUGUGGCAGAUGUCAUCAAAGGAUGGGCUGGGUCUCACCCCAGGUGGACCUGUUGUCCUGCCACAGCAAGAGGCUAAGCUACAGCCCCAGGUGUUCCAGGUCCUGGGAGUGGUGGGAGCAUGAAUAUGAGGCUGCAUCUGCAAGCAAGAGCCAAAGGGCUCUUUUUGCAAGGGAGCAGUAGUUCCACUGCCAUGGGUGUGAGGGCAGUGGAGACCCUGUGUCGUGUGAGGGGUGACAGAUACACCGGGUCACACGUGUGAAGAGGGAGAUGCUGUGGGAUAAGCGCAAGGGGUGAUGGAGACACCAUCAUGAGAUGAUGCAUGCUGCGAUGGGGCAUGUCAUGGUGUGGGAGGGUGCAGUGAUGGUGCACCCAUCAUGAUGCUGAUGGAAGGUGUGAUGGGACACACCAUGUUGUGAGCAUGAUGGAGAAACCACGUUGCAGGUUUGAGGCACUGAUGAAUAGAUUAUGUCAUGGGUGUGAGGUGUGGUGGGAAAUGCCAUUUUGGGAGCCCAGGGGCAUGGUGGGAUAUGCCAUGUGUUGAGUCUUUUGGGGUGAUGAAUAACCGUGUCACAGGUGUGCAGAGGAACAGCAACACAGCCAUGAGUGGGGGCACGAUGGGUGUCAGUCGUAAGCUGCACCACACCAUGAGUGUGUUAGGGUGAUGUGAGGCAGGGGUGAUGGGGUGCACCCUGUGUUAGGUCUGGGGCACGUCCUGUUGUACGUGUGCGCAGGACCGUGGCACACCAGGUCAGGGCUUGCAAGGGGGGUUGGGUACACCAUGUCAUAAGUACAAGAGGUGAUGUGGGUUGCAUGAAGGGAUGAGAAGCUACACCUUGAUGCUAGCUAGCAUGGGGGUGACACCACACACUGUCAAUGGUACGGGGAGGCGGUGGGGUACAUGGUGUCACUGAUGUGGCUGAUGGUGUAUGUGCUGCACUGCAGAGGGAAGAAGCGAUGGGGCAGGUGUUGCUGCUGGGGCGGUGAUAUGAGGGACACUGUCACAGAGGAGUGGGGACACCAGGCUCCUGUCCCUCCCUGCCAGCACCCAGCAAAGCCAGGCAGUGUCACUGCAUGGCUGGGAGAGUCCAGGGCACCAGCCUCCUCCCUGGGCCUCGGUGGCCACUUCAGGAGCGGGGGGUCCUUGUUGGCCACAUGAGCAGGGGACCUCCAGGCCCAUGUCCACCCUGUGCCACUAUAUUCACCUGUGCUGGGCCUGGGGCGUCCGAACCGGGAUGUGGCCAGGGCUGGCACUGGGGGAGCGAGGAGGAUUUGGGACCCUGUGGCCCUCGUUUGCAGCCAGGCCUGUUCACUCCCACUCACCGGCCCCGGCGAGGCUCCAGCCGCUUCCCAGCCGGCACUGAACUCUCAAUAGACACGAAAGCCAUAUUUGUAGGGAGCUCUGGAGACGCCGUGGGGCGGCAGUGGGGCAGGGCAGAGGACGGUCUGUGUUGUGCUGUGUUCUUGUAUGUACAUAAAAGGGAGACAACGAAUGUUGAUGUGACUUUAUAACCUUUCUAAUAUCCUGUGCUAAUCUCGGAAAAUAAUCCUAUAAAUAUAUCUGGAUUACACGUUA